AUGGAGGUGAUGGAGGAGCUGGACCUCAACAGCAACCGUCUCCCACCCGAGCUGGAGGUGAAGAAGCUGCAGCAGCUGGUCCGGAGGCUGGAGCUGCAGAACGAGCAGCUCCGGGCCAGCGGCUGCCCCGGCGGCCUGGCCCCGGGAUUCGGGCUCGGUGGCCCCGGUGCGAUCCGCCUGCUCGCCCCGCCGCGGUGCCUCUCUCCCCCGGUGGAGCCUUUCGAGUACUUCCAGCCUCACGGAGCCGGGGACGGAGCCUCGGAACCCGGGGAGGACGAAGCGGAACCGUCGGUGCUGGACGGGCUGGAGCUGCUGGACCUGGAGGUUCUGUGCUGCCAUGAGGAAGAGGAGGAAGAGGAGGAGACGUGGUUGUACGAGUCGCAGAAGGCCGUGGCGCUCGGAGUCGACUCGCUCACGCCGCUGCAGUGGAGCCGUCACGUUCUGGACCGACCCAAGACCGAGGUGGAGGCCGCCCGGCGCUCGCUGUCGCUGCGACUGGAGCAAGUCUCUAGGUGGCGUAGCAGCUUGUCCAGCCCCUCCCACUCCUCUCCAGGCCCUCCCCUCAGUCGAGUGGCCGGCGUGUCUCCCAUCAGAGCCCCCCCCUGCUCCACGCCCCUGUCUUCGGAUCGCCACGGUAACCACGCAUCUCUAACCCCAGAGAAUAUAACUCCCUCCCUCUCCUCCUCCCUCCACCAUGUUCUCCAUCGGACGUUCAGUCCCGUGGGGAAGGAGUUCUCCCCCCCCCUCGCUGACCGCACCCCCACCUUCCUCCCUCACCUGGAGAAUUCAAGUAAGACGCAGCUCCUGAGACGCUCGGUCCUCAGUCCCCAGUCGUCCGUGGACAGUGACCUCUUGACCUCGGAGGACGAGUCCCUCACGCUGCACGGAUACAAACUGCACGACCUCACCGACGUGCAGGUCAUGGCCCGGCUGCAGGAGGAGAGUCUAAGGCAGGACUACGCCAGCACGUCGUCCACCCUCGCCAACCGCCGCAGCCAGAGCUUCACCUUCCAGCUCAGCGCCGGCCGAGACCUGGAGGAGGACGACGAGGAGGAGGACGACGAAGACUACGGCCUCCUGCCCCCCCCGCAGGCGCGCCUCACCCGCCUGCCGCACUCCCACACCUUCUCCAGCAUGCGAGACUGGCGAAGAAGCACCACGUCCCUGUGCACCCCCCCCACCACGCCCACCACGCCCUCCACGCCGCCGCUCCCCUCCGCCGGGUUCGCCUUCCAGCCUCUGGCCCGGCUCCAGCUCCCGGGACCGGGACCGGGAGCCGAGCCUCCGGGCUUCCGAUCCGGAUCAGGAGAAUUUGAGAAUAAACUGCGGAGGAGCAUGCCUAACCUGGUCCGAGCUCCCAGCAUGCCGAGCGUUCCCGUUGCUUCCCCUUGCUUGCUUCGUAACAGCCUGAGUUUUGAUUCGUCCAGCGGCCUGGCUCGCCUGCAGUCCUCCAUCCCCUCCCCUGGCCAACUUCACCACAGGGUCCAGAGCGUGGGGAACUUCCUGUCUCUGUCCCGGCAGCCGCUGAAGGCCACGGCGUACGUCAGCCCGACCAUCAAGGGCCCGGCCCCCCCCAGCCUCCAGCCUCCCAGCAGCAGCGGGGGGGGUAACAGCGGGAUCCCACUGUUUAGUAAAUCUGCCGGAGGGGCGACGCCCACCUCCACGUCCCGCAGCAGCCUGCCCCGCCCCGCCUCCUGUGUGGGCGCCACGAGUUCCACUCCCCGCAGCAAGGUGGCGCUACCAGCACGGAGUUUACUGAUGCCUCCAAAGAGCUUGUCCACGCUCAGCGCCCUCCGUGACGGCGCCUGGCGAGACGGCUGCUACUGA